UCGUCGCAUUCAUCGGAUGUGCGGUCACCUCAAAAGCAGCACAAGCUGCCGUGAUGAGCCCCAACUCUAACUCACACGUAGCCGCCAGCGAGAAAGACCGACUCAUCGAAGGAAUGCGGCAAAAUCGAGACGACAUGCACGAGGUGCAGACGACGAUUACACACGUGCAGACGAUGACGACGACGACAUGCAACGAAGGCGGGCUGGACACAAAAGCAGCAACCGCCUACGUCAUGGAGCAGCAACCAUCGCCGAAGUCCACCGCAUCUUAUGCAGAAGAAAAUUCACAGCAAUGACAGCAGCAGGCCGAAGCAAGGGGGAAUCGAGUCGGGAGUUCCCCAAUCUCAACACCUAAGAACAUCUGUUCUUGUUACAAACCGUAUAC